GUGAACUAUUUUAAAUAAGUAAAACUUCGGUUGUUGAUUUAUACGGAAGGAAAUGUUAUGAAUGUGCAUAUUCAAAUUUACGUAUUCGAGCUUCGCUAUAUUGGUUUGGAUUGGCAUAACAGAAUCCAAUUAUCAUGAAAAACACAACAGCACCUUUCUGCAAAGGAUAUAACGAAAGGCUUACUGGGUCAGGCAAUUUGUAAAGAAUUGUUUUCUGUUCAAAGAUAACAUUUUUUAUCUUCAACUGUAGUGGUUACUUGCUACUUGUUUUAGAAUGAAUCGACACUUCAAGAUUAUAUCAGCAUUGCGAGUCAAUUAACUAUAAUGGGAUGCGCACCUUCCAGAGACGCAGUAUUUGAGUACAAAGCGUCUGCUCGUGAAACCAGCGCCUACAACCACCAGCGAAGGUCGUCUGCUGCUUCCGUGGUCCUAAGCGCUGGAAAAGGAAGUGCGUCGAAACAAAAGAAACGAAAAUCUUCGUCGUCGUCGUCAUCAUCCAAUGACAGCCAUCACUCUGGUCAAAACAUAGAAACGCUUCAAACGAGUAAAAGGACCGAAACUAACUGGGUGGCCAAGACUUUACAUAGAAGUGAGGGCGAAAAAAUACAGGAUACAAAUUACAACCACACUAUCAAUAAUGCCUCCGAUAGAGUGACGCAAGAUAAGGAUAAGUUCGAGACUACAAUUGCAAUAGGAAUUGCAAACGUAAAAGCAAACGGAAGGGAUGAGCAGUUUAAUCAUGAGCAACUUCAAUCAGAAACAUUUAUAACCGGUAACUACCGACGAGAUGAAAGUGUUUUUACUGAAAGCGAUGAACAAGUUAUAAGAAAACAAGUUGACGCCAAGUCGCUCUCUGAUAGUAAUCGAACACACGAAGAAAGAGCAAAAUAUCUGGAGCAAAAACGUGCCGCGUUUGAUUCCGACAAGAAAGAGGAAGAAUUCAUUAUAUGUCGCUACGACCCGCCGCUCUUGCCACUUAAUAUGAAGGACCAAAUAGAAACGAGCUCCCUUCCGAUUUACACUGUUGACGACAUUGUGGCCCACAACGAGUCCGUAAAAAGCAACGAGUGGUUCCGCAUGGGCCGUAGGGUGUUCUGCCGGACCGUUAUGAUGGCUGUUGUAGAGAACCGACUCAGAGACAUUGAACGACGCAAUGAAAUGGCGAUAGACGCGUUGAAUGCCGGAGGCGGAUGGCACUGCCAACCACAUAAAUACUUUGAUCUCACCGAACCAGAGUAUCCACCGUACCUCGUGCGCAGGGGUAACGCCUUAAGCCGUAAGGAGCUUGCGCAAGUGUUGUGCUGCUGCGUAAUCGGUAAGCACGAGAACGUGUCACGUGACUGGUAUGUGUCCAGCUUGAAAGAAUCUGUUGAAGACGUUCUAGAAGAUCUCAAUGUGGUCAAUGAUGGCGCUGAUUCUGUUGCGGCUUAUUUCAAGAACCAGUUGACGCGAUGGUUAAACAGAUACCCGGAUGUUCCCUUAGGAGAGUACCAGCUACAGAAGGGUUCUGAUCCAAACAGCGUUGCGUACCAGUUGCCAAAGGGCAUCGACCCUUCGUUGUUACGCGCGUGGGUCGCUGACUUUGUAUGGGACACGGAACUCGACCACAAUAUUUGGGAUAAUUCUGAACCAGUUUUUACGGAUCUCUGUAAAGAUUCGAUGGUUCUCUUCACUAAUCUUGUCGCUAGCAGCAGGGACAGCGCACUUCCGGAAAUAGACCACACUAUAGAGGGCGCAGUGCCGUGGAGUGAAAUCGAUCAGGACUUGUUCAAAAACGAUGUAUGUACACCAGCGCAGGAGGAAAUAUGGAACAAGAGAAGCAGCGCUCCGCCUAAAUCGGAGGCGUGGAUGGAAAACAGACGAAACGCCAUCGCUGUGAGCUUUUAUACGCGACACGAUUGGGAACCAGAAAAAGUUACACCUUAUCUUGACUUCGUUGACACUCUGCGGAAGAGCUGGGUCUCUUUCCAAGAAUUGUGUCAAAAACCCUGGAAUCCGCCGCCUAGAAAAAAUGCCAAGCGUAACGAGAGUUCCCCAAACACAAAUGAUCUGGCUGUGCCAGUGGAGGGCGGACGGACAGAAAAUGUUGGUUUGCAGCCAAAAUUUGAGGCUAUGGACAGUGGUUUAGACCUCGAAAGUAACGUAGACUGUGGCCGGGCGUCCAGGUGAUUCGGCGUUGUCAAAAUGACGAAAUGUGUUUUGGGAUGAAAUGUUUAAAUACUCUUUCGGCAGGUCGUGUAAUUUGUGAUAUCUGCACAUUGUGAUUCAUUGUUCUUUCUAGUGCAUUAACUUUUUUUUCUGUGAUAUUAUUUUCGUGGUUGUGGUAUCGUUAAGCUGGUCUUGCAUAUUGAUUAAAGAGUAACAUAGUUUAUACUGCUUGCCAUUUCUAACUCAGAUACAUGUUUCCGAUUGAUUUUAUCGAAAAGUUUAAAUCGUAAAAUAUUAUUAUUUGUAUAGGGGAACAAGUUAAAAAUAUAUCAUUAUCGGAACAAUUUUACGCCGGUAUGAUUCGUUGGAAUAGGAGCUAUUUAAGGUGUUUUGUUUGUUGGACUAAGUUCCAAUUUGCAAUAUCGUACACUUUAUAUGCACUGUUUUCAUACAGAAUCAUUUAUGUGUUAAAGAACACUUAGAUUGAUUCGUCUUUAUUCAAAAGUGUAGGUGUCGGGAUGUGAACAACUUUCUAUAUUAUACAAUCGACUUUUAAUCGUGAUGAAACCAUUGACUGUGUUUUGUAAUGUGAUACCAUUUUCGGUGUUUUAUCGAAUUGUUUACAUGUUUACACUUGUAUUAUGCAAUGUUAUCCAUCAGCAAAUUCAAUUAUUCAACUGCUGUGUUGUUUUGCUAUAGUUUUAAAACAUCUACACAGUGUUGGGAACCAGAAAAAGUUACACCUUAUCUUGACUUCGUUGACACUCUGCGGAAGAGCUGGGUCUCUUUCCAAGAAUUGUGUCAAAAACCCUGGAAUCCGCCGCCUAGAAAAAAUGCCAAGCGUAACGAGAGUUCCCCAAACACAAAUGAUCUGGCUGUGCCAGUGGAGGGCGGACGGACAGAAAAUGUUGGUUUGCAGCCAAAAUUUGAGGCUAUGGACAGUGGUUUAGACCUCGAAAGUAACGUAGACUGUGGCCGGGCGUCCAGGUGAUUCGGCGUUGUCAAAAUGACGAAAUGUGUUUUGGGAUGAAAUGUUUAAAUACUCUUUCGGCAGGUCGUGUAAUUUGUGAUAUCUGCACAUUGUGAUUCAUUGUUCUUUCUAGUGCAUUAACUUUUUUUUCUGUGAUAUUAUUUUCGUGGUUGUGGUAUCGUUAAGCUGGUCUUGCAUAUUGAUUAAAGAGUAACAUAGUUUAUACUGCUUGCCAUUUCUAACUCAGAUACAUGUUUCCGAUUGAUUUUAUCGAAAAGUUUAAAUCGUAAAAUAUUAUUAUUUGUAUAGGGGAACAAGUUAAAAAUAUAUCAUUAUCGGAACAAUUUUACGCCGGUAUGAUUCGUUGGAAUAGGAGCUAUUUAAGGUGUUUUGUUUGUUGGACUAAGUUCCAAUUUGCAAUAUCGUACACUUUAUAUGCACUGUUUUCAUACAGAAUCAUUUAUGUGUUAAAGAACACUUAGAUUGAUUCGUCUUUAUUCAAAAGUGUAGGUGUCGGGAUGUGAACAACUUUCUAUAUUAUACAAUCGACUGUUAAUCGUGAUGAAACCAUUGACUGUGUUUUGUAAUGUGAUACCAUUUUCGGUGUUUUAUCGAAUUGUUUACAUGUUUACACUUGUAUUAUGCAAUGUUAUCCAUCAGCAAAUUCAAUUAUUCAA